CUUUAAGAGAGUUUAGAGGUUAACUACUUAAUAUUCAUGAGCCACACCUUCCAAAGCUGCAGCUAUUUCUGCGUUUUCUCUCCAAACACCAUCUUCAUCUGAUCCACUGAAACAACGAGGACUUUUAAAGGCAAGCAUCAUCAUGGUGAACUGCUGUGGUCUCGUGUCUGAAAAAAAUGAACCAGUUCCUCUGAAGAGCAUCUCGGUGGAGCUGCAGGUUCGGGAUCACGUGGCCUCCGUCCGCUCCUGUCUGCAGUAUGUGAACGAGGAGGAGCGUCCGCUGGAGGCCGUGUUCGUCUUCCCGCUGCCCGCCGACGCCGCGGUCUGUCACUUCAGCGCCAGGAUCGGAGAGCAGGAGAUUGUGGCCGAGGUGCAGGACAGACAGAGUGCGCGGGAUCAGUAUGAUGAUGCUGUGAGCUCGGGCCAGCAGGCGUUUCUGCUGGAAGAGAGCGAGGAGAGUUCAGAUGUGUUCAAACUUAGUGUGGGCUGUUUGUCUCCGGGUCAGAAUGCCUCCAUCACCAUCGUCUACAUCAUGGAGCUCAGUGUCCAGGCCGAUGAUGCGCUGCGCUUCUGUCUGCCCGCUGUACUCAACCCACGAUACACACCUGCAGUUUCAGAGGCUGGUGUUCCAGAAGUUUCCUCAGCAUCAAUUAUUCCUUACACUCUGUCUCUGAGUGUUGAAGUGAGAUCUUCAGACCGUAUCUCCAAACUCGAGUCCAGCUGCCCUCUGGAUCCUCUGGAGUUCCUCGACGCGCAACACACUCACGCCAAGGUGAAUCUGACUGCUGGUCACCGGUUCGAUAAGGAUGUGGAGCUGUUUCUGUAUUACGAAAAUUCCCAUCAUCCCUCUGCUGUCGUGGAGGCAGGAGCGUCUGCGGCUCCGUCAGGUUCUCUGAUGGGCGACCCAGCGCUCAUGAUCAGUCUGUACCCAGAGUUCCCUGCAGAUGUGAUGUCAUCACUGGCGUCUCGGGGCGAGUUCAUUUUUGUGGUUGACAGGUCAGGCAGUAUGGACUGCAAGAUGCAUCAUGGGAAUGACGCACAGAUGCGCAUCGAAAGUGCAAGAGACACGCUGCUUCUGCUGCUGAAGAGUUUGCCCAUGGGAUGCUACUUCAACAUCUACGGAUUCGGAUCUCACUUCGAGUCCUUCUUUCCUCAGAGUGUUGUGUACAGCGAGGACACGAUGGAAGAGGCUCUGAAGAGAGUGAAGAGCAUGAGCGCAGACAUGGGCGGCACAGAGAUCCUACAGCCGCUUAAACACAUCUACAGUCAGCCCUGUUACCCAGAUCACCCUCGACAGCUGUUCAUGUUCACCGAUGGAGAGGUGUGGAACACUAAGGAGGUGCUGGAUCUGGUGAAGAGUCACGUUUACUCUCACAGGUGUUUCUCCUUCGGGAUCGGUGAGGGUGCGAGUACGGCUCUCAUCACAGGAAUGGCCAGAGAAGGUUCUGGUCACGCUCAGUUCAUCACAGGCACUGACCGCAUGCAGCCCAAAGUGAUGCAGUCGCUCAGGUUUGCUCUCCAGCCGGCCGUGGAUAAUAUCUCUGUGGACUGGACCGUUCCCGAGGGUGUGACGGUGGACAUGCUGUCUCCAUCCAUCAAUACUCUGUUCCAGGGUCAGAGGGCGCUUAUCUACGCUCAGAUUAAAGGACAGAGUUCAGGAAAGAAGGAAGGAGCUGUGACCCUGAAAUACAAGCUGAAAGAUCAACCAGUGACUAACCAGCUUCAGUUUACUCUUAAACCAAUGGAGGACACAGGACUGACGAUCCACCGGCUGGGAGCACGGUCUGUGAUCCGCUCUCUGGAGCUGGAGGAACGAGCCGGAGGAGCAGACGCAGAGAACAUCAGGAAAAGGAUUGUGGAGCUCAGUGUUCAGGCAGGAGUGAGUAGUGCUCAUACAGCCUUCAUCGGCAUUAAUAAAGACCACAAUCAGACUGUGAAAGGACCACUGCUGCAGAGGAGAGUGCCAGUAGCACCAGAAGCUGAGCCCCUGAAGGACCCUGUGCUCCAACUGGUCUCUCUUCAGAAGGCCACGGGAUGCUGGGAGCUCAACGCUCCAUUGGCUGCUGUGUUUGGGAAGACAGAGGACGAAGUGACCAAUCAGAAAACAGCACAGGUGGACGGGUCAGUGUGGGCCACCGUCCUCGCUCUCAUCUGGUUAUAUGCAUUUAAAUCAGAUCAGCAGGAGGAGUGGCAGUUUGUGGCCAUGAAGGCGGCGUCAUGGGUCCGCUCUCAGAAACCAGACGGCCUGUCUCAGUGUGUGUGUGAUGGGAACGCUCUGUUGGGGUGUCAGGUGACUGGAGACAUGCUGGGAAUCUGAAGACUGCAAAUCCUGUGCUUGUAGAAGACCAAAUAUCUCCCAUUAACAUGUUUUUUUUCUCCUCUGUGUAGGAUAUAAACAACUAAAUAUAUAUAUAUAUAUAUAUAUAUAUAUAUAUAUAUAUAUAUAUAUAUAUAUCGGUGGCAGAAAUUGAGAUUAAUAGAUAAUCUGAAAUCUGAAUAAAUAAUCUUUCCAUUGAUAUGGUUUGUUAGUAGGACAAUAUUUGGCUGAGAUACAACUAUUUGAAAAUCUGGACUAAAUACCAAUACUGUUUUAUCAAAGUUUUGGUUCACUAGCCUUAAUUACCUGACAUGUAGAAUUAUAUUUGAAUGCAUUACAUGAAUCAGAAUAGAGAAAUAUGCAGUUAUAAACAGCCAAGAAUGAUAAUUCUAAUAAUGUCCGUAAAUAUUACAGAAAAAUAUACUGACUCAUUUCAGAGAAGUUUUCCCGGAACACUCUGAUUAAAUUAGAAUUAUGACCCUGGAUAAAUUCUGUGAUUUACUUCACCUGUUUGUCUGCAUCCCAGAAAAAGAUAAGCAGUCUGCAGUGGAAAAUGUCUAUAUAUGUGAGGGAUAAUAACAGUCCUGUACAAGUCAGAUUAAUUUAAUCAAAAUCCAAUGGGUUGAUUUCAGUCCAAACAACCUGGGAAAAUGGGGAGCCAGACAGUAAUUAAUAUUAGCAAAAAUUCUAAAUGAUUAUUAUUUAAAAAGUCCUCUGUAAACAAAUACUGUUUAUUGUAGUAGCAAUAAAAACAUUAAGCAAAUAAAUUAUGAAUUGUUUCCACAAA